AUGGCUAGCGUCUCGGAAACCGUGCAAAGCCUCAUCCGCCGCUCAGAAUUUUGGCUAACAGUACCAGGAAUGCAGAGAUAUCGGUUUUGGGAAACGGAUAGUCCGAACAGGGUUUACUCCUUCACAGCUGCCGACCUCGUGCAGUUUACCAAAACCAACUGCCUUGCUAAAGCGAAUCCUAAUAGCAGCGAUGUUUCAGAAUUCAAAAACGAGAUGCAAGCCGACUUGGAGGCGAACAAGGCAAACCCUUAUACAGGAACAACCUUGGCCCAGUCGGUAGCUAAUUGUCUAGUGUGGAUUGAUCGCCUUUUCUUCUUCGGCAUCAUAACCCAACAAGACAAGCGUAAAGAUGAGUCCGAUCACCGUUCCCUAAUUACACUCUCAUUCGGAGAUCAUUGUGAAGAGCCCGAAAUGAAAGGCGUAUUUAUUCCCUCUCAGGCUACACUCUGGGUGAACCUUGACCAGCCCUCUGGUGAGCCUGAGCCAUUCGAUGAAAUAUUCUGCGUCAUGGUCCACGAGCUCUGUCACGUCUACUUGGGGAUUCUGACCAAGGAUAGCAACGCCUCCAGGUACCACACGGAGAUCCAGUUAAACAACGGCCACGGUGUUCAGUUCCAAGAACUACUUCAUUUCAUCCUAGCGCAGCUAUUCGCGUGGUUUCCUAUGAUCCCACGCCUCGGGGAGUUGGCAGCGGUACACCAAGAAGCAUUGCAGAAUGCGCUCGCACAGCCAAUAGUCUCCGAAACUAUUGCUCGGUCUCGUAUCUAUGCAUGCUCGGACACAAAUGUUUUUUUGGCGGACGUUCUUAGAAGCAGCUCCAAGUUCCCUGGCGUCUGUAUAUAA